AUGGCAGGAAAGAUGGCUCCCCUCAAGAAGCCUCAAAAUAUCCCGAGGGUGCCCCUUGCAUUAAACCCUCUGAAGAGCAAGGACGUGUUGGCAGUGCUGGCUGAGAGGAACCAGGCUAUAGUACCAAUUGGGGCAUGGGUGGAACCUGCUUCUCCCCAUUGUUCAGAAAUUCCAGCAAAUACUUCAGCUUGUGUGAUUGAAGAAGAACUGAAGGAGCAGCUAAGAAAAAAAAAAGAAACAUUGAAGCACUUUCAGAGACAAGUCAAACGCCGAGUAAAUCAACAUAUUAGGCUGAGAAAGAAACAACAGCUUCAGAAGUCUUAUGAAGCAGCAGAAAAAGAAGGCUCUAUAGCUAUACAGUCUUCAGAUCCUGUACUCAGAGGUGGGGGUCCUAAAAAGAGAACAAGUGUUUUUACAAACACUAUGAAUGCUGCUAGUGGAAUUUCAUGGUUACCUCUUACCCCAGAAGAUGGAGAAAAUCAUAAUGAAUUAUUCCAACAGCAAGCCCAGGCUCUCAGCCAAACCAUGAAACAGGUACGUCAUCAACUGGCAUCAUUUAAAACUAUGGGUGAAAACAAGUCGUCAGUGCUUCCAGAUGGUAAACUAAGUGUUCCUAUCCAAGAGCCAGCAUCCAUCAGGAUAAACAUAGAAACAAGAGAAGAAUUUACAUUGAAGGCCCACCAAGGUCUUUCAGCUACUGUACAUUAUCAGAACUUUAUGCAAAACCAGAAACUUGACUCUGUAGGAUGUGUAUCUAUUAUGACAGAUGAGAAAUGGAGAGAGAAUUUGCUUUGGGGUGACCAGCAGGAUCUCCUUUCUGAAAUCAAGGAUAAGCCUUUCAACAGAGUUCAGAAAGUACAGUUUAAAAAUCCAUUAUUUGAUGUGAUGGAAGAGAAAGAACUAAAGCAGUUACAUUUUCAGGAUAUGUUGUCAGAAGCCCAGGAUUAUCUUCAAGAAGUCCAAAGUGAUCUGUCUGAAACCCUUGGUGUUUUACCAAGAGUCCAGAGUGCUGAAUCAGAAGCUCAGAAUCUUGAGCCAGAUACCCAGGCUUUUGAUCUGGAAGUUCCUGCUGGCGAGCUUAAAACCCAAUCUGAUGAGCCUGAAACCCAAGUUGAUGAGGUCGAAACCCAGGCUGAUGAGCUUGAAAACCAGACUGGUGAGCCCAGAGCCCAGGCUGCAGAGACAAAAGCUCACGGUGUUAUGUUGAAAGCCCAGAGUAUUGAGCUGGAAGAAGGGAGUAUUAUGAUGGAAGAAGCCCAGGAUUUUUUACCUGAAAUCCAGGGUGUUCAACCCAAAGACCAGGAUUUUCUACUUAAAGAUGAAGAUGUUCUACAUAGAGACCAGAAUAUUCUACCCAAAUGUCAGGACCAAGAUAUUGUACCCAAAUACCAGAAAGUAAAUUUGAAACAGCCGGCAUCAAUUUCAAUUUUGAUAGGUAGGGGAGAGAGAGAGGUUUUUCCUCUGGAUGUCAAGCCUGAUCUACACAGGCAUCAAGAUCAAGCCUCCAUCAGGUACAAGAAAGUACGCUUCAAGGAGCCACAUUGUGCUAUAAUGGAUGGGAGUGGGGAAGAAGACUUCUCCCUGGCAGAUUCUAAGUAUCUGCCUCCUAAACUCCAGGAACAGACCUUCAUCAGAGAUCAGCAAUCUUCAUCUUUCAUGAGAGAGGAGACAGUAAGACAGGAAUCGCCUCAGGAGAAUCAUCAGUAUGUUAUACCUAAAAUCCAGGACCAAGCUUCCCCUGGAGAACAGGUUUAUGAUACAUAUCAAUCAGGACUAAACACUGAAAUCCAAGAUCCAAUGAUGCUUCAGUCUGGAGUUGAUCAAGAAGACAAAAAAGUGUGGCCGGGCCGCACCAAAGGUACAUCGCUCUGUGGCCACGUUAACCUCAACAGGAAGUGCAUCAGAAUUCGAGAACAGCUCGACACGGAGCUCCUGCGCUAUUCCGAGAGUCUUUUAGGUGUCCCCAUUGCAUAUGAUAACAUCAAAGUAGUGGACAAGUGUUCUAAAGUUUCUGAAGACACAACUGAAACCAUCACUGAAGAAGCUGUUGAAAAACCUCCAAAGAGGAAAAAGAAGAAGAAAGACCUAGAGCCUUACGAAGUGGAAGGUAACACUGCAGAGCUAGUGGAUGCCGCUGCAAAGGAAGGAACAGACCUACUUAUAAAGAAAGAGGAGGAAUGUUAUGCUGAAGAGCAGAGGAUCCCAAACAUGACCUGUCAUGAAGUACCAUAUUCAGGGGAAAAGAUGAGUGAGAUAUUAGCCCAACUGAAACUUGAAGAGAUAAAAGGUGAAAGAGAAAAACAGAAACAGAGAGAAAAAGAAUACUUAAGAUACGUAGAUGCUUUAAGAGCCCAGAUCCAGGAGAAAAUGAAGCUGUAUAAUAUUACUUUACCUCCACUGUGCUGUUGUGGUCCAGAUUUUUGGGAUGCUCAUCCUGAGACCUGUGCCAACAAUUGUAUUUUCUACAAAAACCACAGAGCAUAUACUCGGGCACUACAUUCAAUGAUCAGUUCGUGUGAUAUUCCUGAGGGACACUCAACUCUUCAAACCGCCAUCCAUAAUUUUGCAUCUGUAUAUAGACGGACUUUGAAAAAUCUGUAA